UCGAGCAGCGAGCGCGAGCGGUAUCCUGAAGCGAGCCCGCUGUAAAUUUUUUAACCCUCUCCUCUUAUUCAGCCUGAAUCGCAGCCUGAACCGAGCGGCAGCCUGAAAUUUAAUAUUCUUGUCUGUAUAUGAUUAGGAGAUUUUGCAUUUACAAGUUUUCUAACUAGUUGCUAUUCUUUAUUUUUGAUAUUUCACUUUGCCUUCGUUUAUCACGCUCUUUGUUUUUGCUCUGCUUGUUUUGCAAAAUCUCUCGUGCCUCAAAGCCAAGCAAUUUUCUCAGGACGAGUUUAGCUUCCAGUUCUAAACUAUCAAAGCCGCCAGGGAGAGGAUAGAAGUACCUGAGCUCUGUAUUUUGAGAUUUUCUGCUGAGGUUUCAACUUGCAGCUGAUAUAUGUGGAGGAAGGAAUUCAAGGAAUUCAACUUAUCUUAUUCUUUCCACCUGUUCAAAAUAUAUUCCUCGUGUUGAUUUAUAAAUGUAAUGCUAUAGCAUAAUCUUUCAGCAUAUCUCGUAGCUAGUUUGUCUCCCAUGUUUUUGCAAUGGUAAAAAUUACCUUAUUUGGACGCUACCUCUCUGCGGCCAACGCCAUCACCUCUUGUGCUGAGACUGCAUGGUAUAUAACAGUAUAACUUGCGCAUUUGUUCAUCAUUUGAAAUUUUCAAUCUCGAGACGUUCAUAAGACUACUGCAACCCAGCUGCACUCCCCCACCGAUUUCGCCUGCUCUCACUGACCAUGGCAGCAUCAGCAAGAAGCGGCGGUCGAGGUGUCCAAGAAGAAGAGGGAGAAGAACACCACAAAAACUCAUUUCUAUCCUCCAUUACCACCAAGCCCUCUUUAUCCAAACUCCAAUUCAGGAAGGAGAUCUCGGUAGCUCGAUGGGACGAGGUUAUGGGGAUGGGAGAGAUUCUCGAGAAGAAGGGAAGCUUGUGGACGACUACUGGGAUCACUAGAAAUGGCAAGCUUUAUUGCCACAUUGAAGAGAUCUUGUUUCUUGCGGAAAGAGGGGCACUACUACUCUCAGAUGGCAAUAAAACAACUCUUAAUAUGAAUGAUAUUUACAAGAAGAUUACAAGUGGAAAGGCUGAGUGUUCUUGGGAGGCAUUUGAGGCUUACAGACACUUAAAGUCUCUUGGUUAUAUUGUUGGUCGCCAUGGUAUCCCUUGGACUGUGAAGAGUUGCUACAGUUCAAAUUCUUUGGAGGACGUACAGGACUCAAAUGGAAGAUUUAAUCAAGAAGUGGAAGAAGAAAUAUCUACGAGAUUCAUAGAUAUCCAGAUUGUGGAAAUGAAGCAAGCAUUUGAUGUGUAUUUGCCUAACAGAAAUUUCAGAAAAUCUUCUCCUGGUGGACCUAUUUUUCUGCUCUUUAUUUUGAGGGAUAGCCCACCCUCAAGAGUAGAAGUAGAAAAGCUCCACCGAAAGUGCAAUGGUAUCCCUUUGAAGUUCUGCUUUGUUGAUCAUGGGCGUGUUAGUUUCUUUUCUUUCGAUAAAGUUGAGCUUCCAACCUUGCCAUGAUUAUUGGUCAAUAGUCAGUUUAGGUUGUAAAUGAUGUACGCAUGAGACUCCCAUUAAAAGUUUUCAGAGUAAAUGUGCUUCUCCAAAAUGUGACAAGGAUGUAAGAGAGCGUGCGUAAAAAGAUAUGGCACAUGCUAAGUGAAAUAUUGGUCAAUCAAAAUCUUGGUUUAACAAUGA